CUCGCCAAAUGCAGACUGGAGCAGUCGCGAGCAAAGCACAGGUGCCCGUCAUUUCGUGAAUAAAAAAAAAAGAAAAAUGAAGUGCCUAAUUAAUCUUGUGAUUUGUUCAUUGUGUAUAAACUUGACCUUAAGUGUUAAGGACACAUAUAGAGCGGCUGUAGUCGUCGAUCCUCCUAAAACCGUAGACCUUGGCAGAUACGUCUCUUUCAUUCAGGAUGCUGCCAAAUCUAAAGCUGAUAUUCUAGUUCUACCUAGUCCAGAAAAACCUAACUACGGUGAGGAAUAUUAUGAUGAGGCAGUCAAAACUCUCUCUGAAGCAGCGAAAGAGAACAAGAUAUACGUAGUUGCCCAUCUAUACGAGGAGACCCGUUGUCAUGGCGAGAGUGAAGUGGUCAGAAACAAUUUGGUAUUCGACAGGCGAGGGGCUGUCAUUGUUGUUUACAGAAAACCUUUAAACAAAAGGGCUAACUGCACUACUUCCCCAUCGGAAAUAAUUGAGUUCACAACUGACUUCGGAGUAACUUUCGGUCUGAUGAUGGAGGAGGACCUCGUUUUGAAAAAGCCGAGGUCGUUGAAGAACUAUAUCGUCGCUGGGGAGUGGCGGUCUGAAAUACCAUUCUUGAGCGCUUCCCAGUUCUCAUCAUCUUGGGCAUACGUCACAAAUGCUAACCUGGUAUUUUCUGGGGGUAUCUACGCUGGCAAGGCUGGAUUGAAGUCUGGAUCGGGCAAAAUGUCUGUUGUGGAACUCCACAAAAACUGUGAUUCAGGAGAAACCAUAGCACCAGUAGUUCCACCGACUAAAUCAUACCCCAGCGAAGAUGCACUGCACCUGUACGCCGUCAAAGCAGUAAACGUGGAGGUCAGCCUUCGCGGUUAUACUGAAACCGUGUGUCACGAUGAAUUAUGCUGCGAAUUCUAUAUCAAAAGCGACUUCAUUGGUUCAACCCCAAGUGAAGUAAGCUACGGUCUAGCAGCGUUCAACGGCGCCCGCCACUUUGGUGUCCACUAUCACAUCGGCGCUCAGAGCUGUGCAGUUUUCGCCUAUAAACCUGGUGGCAUUACUGGAUCGGAAAGCAACAGCACGAACCUACAUUUCGAGAAAAUCACCGUAACGGGCAACUUCAGCGGCCCUAACAAAUCCCAAUUCCCUAUUAUCUUGUCGUCUGCCAAAAACGAUAUUUUGAGCACUAAAUUCAAAUUUGAAACUUCACAAAUGUCUCAAAAAAUGACUAUUGAAGCUUCUGAUGGGGAUAUACUAAGUUUUGGCAUAUUCGGUAGAGAUUUUUCAAAAGAUUUUGAAUCUGAAAAUAUCCGACAAGUUAACAGCGAAGGCUUGACUUGGGACGUUUAUGAAUACUUGUAUAACGAGGAUGUGCAAGAGUUCUUCGAUUAUGUUUGGAUUAGAUUGCGUAUCAUGUUAGUUAUUGUUUCCAUUUAUAUAUUAGAAAUGAUGUAAGAGACGUUUUUAUAAAUUUUCCUCAGUUUUUUAAAGCUAUUUUUCUAUAAUGCCUUUAACAGUUUAAACCUUAUGGUUAUAUAAGGUUGAAUUUUCUGUGGAGAAUUUUGAUAUUACACAUAUAAAUAGCUGUGCAGCGUACAUUACAUUACAUGUCUUUCAAUGUUAUUUUUUAAAUAUUGUGAUUUUUAGUCAUGUAACGUACCAGUGGGGUAAAGAAUCCAUUCGAGAUUUACGUAAUAUUAUUUAAUGUAAUAUCAGACAUUGAAACCUAUGCCGUCACUGAACAAAAAAGCUACCUUUCAGGAAAUGAACCUUAAUGCUUUUGAAAAUAAGUGUCAAUUUGGAAAAGCAAGAUUUUAAUUUAGUGACAGUAUUAUUUUCAGCGCGCGAUUUAUUUUAACUCUGUCAAAUUACAAGAAAGUGAUCUUGUUACUAAAAGAUAAACAAAAAUGUUGUGUUCUUGUGUGUUUCUAUGUAAUUGCAACUAUAUUUCGUCCAUUUAUUUAACUUUUGACAGCUCGAAUUCUAAUCAAUUAGUGACGUCCUAAUGCGUGUCAGAUUCGUUUUUAUAAGAGUCGAUUUUAUUUAUGUACAAGUGUUAAUCGUGAAUGUGAGCGUGUUUAAAAAAGAAGAUAUUGUCUUAUUGGGAUCGUGACGUUGCGUUUGA